CAGCCGUACACGCCCAUUCUCUUUUUCCGUGCCUUGAAAAUCAUGGGACGUGAGAAGAAAGACCGCAAAUGGUCGCACGAAAUGUCGUGAUGGCCGCGUACCAAAGUCAAGCAACACCUCACUCUUUGAUUGCCGAAGCCCAAGGCAAAAACUCCCACUAGUACAACUGCCUAUCGCGGAACAUCCUCUGCGACUUCGCGAACUGCGCCCCGCCGCCGUGGACCAGCAAAGAAGGGCAACUUUCUGCAGGACAUGAGCCCCGUGCGACAAAGAGACGACUCAUUCCACGCGACAAAGCUCGAGAACACCCGUGGACUCGAUUUAUAUGGUCACAUUUGUCCCAGGCAGUCGGCGCGAGACUGCUUGCACAUACUGGGUAUGAAGAGAACGAUGACCUGAAUCACAAAGUCUGCAGCAAACAAGCCUACGGAGCUCGACAAUCCCAAUGGUUUCACGCGCCGAAGUCGCAGACCACUCUCGAGGCCCGGCCUCUGUGGCUUCGCGCACGUCCCGACCGAGACAUCACCACCACCGAGGGCGUUCGCAUAACGGAGGCUCAACACAUGCUCCACUAAACGAAUUUCCCUUCUUCUCUCAGUCCGGCGAUGUUGAACUAGUGGUGGCAUGCGACGGACAAGAAAAGAAAUAUCUCUUACACAGGUUCACAUUGGCACAGUUCUCUGGAUUCUUCGAUGCGAGCACAAGUGAAGAAUGGUCGCGCGGCCAGGGCGUCAGCCAUCGACCCGCGCAAUCCACGCAGGCAUUGAGUGCGAUCGGUGAAGAAGCAUCAGAAGUCAACACGGCAGCUGGUCAUGCAACAAGGCAACAUGGACUACAAGCCGCACCAGCGUCACCUCCACGGCGGAGGUGGAGGUAUGAACUGGACUGGGAGAAUAUCGAAGAUGGAGACGAGCCCAUAUUGGUGCAGAAAACGCCAGAAGGCGCGAGGUAUUCGCCUUCACAACCACCUUCGCCGCCAGAGUCAUAUCCGAGGCCGCAGCCUACACAACGGUCAUCCUUCUUCCGCUCUAUGGCCAAUCUAGCAACCUCUCACCACGGCGCAGCCUCACAGUCAGCCGCUCAAUUACCGCUCGUCCAAGACCCUGCUCUUACGAACCCGCUUCUGCGCGAUUAUGACAACCUCUUCCGGAUCUUCUACAAUUACUCGCCAGUGCUGAACUCGACGAACAUUGCCUCCGCCUAUUCAGAGUGCAAAGCCCUCCUCGCCCUGGCAGACAUGUACGACGCCCUCCCCGUAGUUGGACCCCGAAUCGACCAUCACCUCCUCCGCUUCUCGUCUCGCCUUUUCAAACAAAUCGCAAAAUACCCACCUUCAUACCUCAAACUCGGGUACCUCGCCCGCAGUCGGAUCAUAUUCUCCGAAGCCAUGACACAUGUCGUCGGACAAUGGCCCACGGCACUGCCCUACAUCAAGAAUCCCGACCACACAGGCGCCGGCUACGAAGUCCCACAAUCCGUCAUCGACCUAAUCGAGGACAAGGUCGACGAGCUGGAAGGACUGAAACUCAGAAUCGAAAUGAAAUUGUUCAGAUUAACACUUACCACCACUAGAGGCGAGCGCGUCAAUCCUGUCAAUGACUACCUAGGUUGGCUCGCCAUGAGUCUCUGGCGACAAUGGCUCGCGGAAAACACGACGCCCGAAGUCCGCGGGAUAUUGAAGAACAAUCCCGGGACUGGUGGCUCGAGUCCCGGAAGCGCAAAUUCCAGGAUGCCAGUGGUUGUAACUCAAAGUGGUACACAGACGCACCUACCUCCACCGCCACCGCCAGUGAAUACAGGCCGGAUAUUCAGGAUGAUCGGGUCGUCGAAUGCGGAGUCUUUCCUGCCUCGUGACGAAAUCAAGAGGUUCCUCAAGAUACAGCCUCCAGGCCAUCCGUCUUCGUCGGCGGUGUAUACGAGGGAGAAUCUGCGCAGGUUCGAACGGAAGAUCGACGAGAUCAAGAAUGUGGCUAGGGACAUCGUCAAGCCGCUGACGAGGAAUUGUCUCGAGUUGGACCUUCGCAGUCUGAGUGACGGUCUGGGCGGCGGGUUGGGAUAUUUGACCUGCGUGAGGUGUGAGGAGGGGGAUAUACCAUGGGAGCUUUGACAUUAUUACUCGAAGAGAUGGACGACAUAUUAUGCUUCCAGACAUGACUGGUCUGUCGGGAACAUUGAUGCGGCCUUCUGAUAGUCCGCUCUCCCUUCAUCCGACCACCAAGACCAUGAUUGAGAUCAAGCGACAACAAGAUCCGAUCUCAUAUCUGAAUGACCACAGAACAUACUCCUCUACCACGAAAUUUUCUGUUCUUCACGACACUUAUGCAUGAUCAACUUCCAUCGAAUACCCUGUCCACUUUUCCGUUCAGGCAAAUAUCAAUGUCAAUGUCAGCGGUUUGUUUCAUAUCAUGUUAUCAUGAUGUUUAAUGUUCAAGCCAACAGAUCGGCUCUUGGGGUU